AUGAAUAAUGAACAUUUACAAGUUGGUGAUCAUGAUGAUGAUGAUGAUGAUGUUCCACUUCCUGGAUUCCGAUUCCAUCCUACUGAUCAAGAACUUGUUACUUUUUAUCUUCAAAGAAAAGUUGACAAGAAACCUAUUUCUAUUGAUCUUAUCAAACAAGUUGAUAUCUACAAAUAUGAUCCUUGGGAUCUUCCAAAAUCUAGUGUACAAGGAACAGAAAAAGAAGGUUACUUCUUUUGCAAAAGAGGUAGAAAAUAUAAGAACAGCAUUAGACCGAAUAGAGUAACUGGUUCUGGAUUCUGGAAAGCAACAGGAAUAGAUAAACCAAUUUACUCAAAUGGAGGAGAAGGAAAUGAUAGCGUUGGACUCAAAAAAACACUUGUUUACUACCGUGGUAGCGCGGGUAAAGGCACCAAAACCGAUUGGAUGAUGCACGAGUUUCGACUUCCGUCUAAUAUUGCUACCAAUGCAAAUCAUGCUAAGAAUGAUAAUGAUGUUUCUCAUGAAGCAGAAAUAUGGACAUUAUGUAGAAUUUUCAAAAGAAAUGUACCACCAAGGAAACAACAAAUGCCAGAGGUGAAACCAUUAGCGAACAAGCAUCAGAUCAUUCAUGAAAAGAGUAGUAGAAUGAAUAAUAUGGAGACAUAUAUCAAUUUUGGUGCAAGGCACGACCAUCAGCGUGGUAAUGAACACCAACACGUCGAUAGCUAUGGAAGAAUUGAUCAAAUGAAUCAGUUUCAUGUAGAUCAGAUGAGCUCCUCAGUGGCACAUCAACCUCAACAAAAUAGUGUAGCACAAUCUUCAAAUUAUUGGAUUAAUCAGGCUGCUAAUGAGUUACAAUCGUUUGAUAAUUGGGAUGAGCUUGGAUCAGUUGUGAAGUUUUCUGUUGAUUCACCUAGUUUUUAA